AUGACAGAUCCAGGAGAACCAACCUCCAAAAAAAGAUCAAAAGCGCAAACGCAAUGCCCAAGAUACUCCGUAGAACAAAUUCAACAGCUUGAAGCAUUCUUCGAGAAAUGUGACCAUCCAGAUGAGGACCAGCGAAAACAAUUGAGUAGAGAAGUAGGGCUUGACCCUAAACAAAUCAAGUUUUGGUUUCAAAACAAAAUGUCUCAGACAAAGACUGCAAGAUUAUCAAAUAUCAUGUCAAGUUUCCGUGGAAAGUGUGUUGUGACGGAUUCAAAUUUGACACGACCAGCUGAUGAAAGUUUAUUGAGCCAAAUUAUACGUGGCUCUUCCAUUGCAUAUCCUCCUCCUAUAAAUCAAGAAAAUAAUAAUAAUUCUACUAAUAAUGUUCGAGCACAUUCAAUAAAUAUUAAUAAUAUUCCAAUAAUUUCCCCAUCAACACAAAAAAACUAUAGUUUUCAUCGUGAUAAUGGGGAGCAAUCAAUUAUUUCAAAUGUAGUUAUUCCUGCUAUGAAUGAAAUGUGUGGACUUCUUCAUUUGAAUAACCCAUGUUGGGUAAAAUCAUCAACUGAUGAGAGGUGGUUUAUUCAUCGUGAGAAUUAUGACAAAACAUUUUCAAACUCAAAUCGACCUUAUAAAUCACCAACUGCUCGAAUUGAAUCAUCAAGGGAUUGUGGAGUUGUACCAAUGACUGCAAUUGAGUUGAUCCAAAUAUUUCUUGAUCCGAUCAAAUGGAUGAACAUGUUUCCUACUAUAGUCACAGAGGCAAGGAUUCUUGAUUUUCUUGAUUCUGGGAAUAUGAGGAUUUCUAUACAAUUGAUGUAUGAAAAGUUGCAUAUUUUAUCUCCUCUAGUGGAAUCUAGAGAUUUUUUCUUCAUACGUUGUUGUAAACAACUUAAUCAUACAACAUGGAUAAUGAUGGAUGUUUCAUAUGAUUUAUUCAAAGAGAUUCAAACUUGUGCACCUUCUUAUGCUUGGAAGUUUCCUUCUGGAUGUCUAAUUCAAGAUAUGGGUGAUCGCAAAAGUCUAGUUGCGUGGAUUGAACAUGCUCAAGUAGAUGAAAAAAAUCAGGUUAAUCAUAUUUUUAGAGACUUGUUGUGUGGUCAUCAAACAUAUGGAGCUAAAAGAUGGAUUGUUACACUUCAAAGGAUGUCUGAAAGAUAUAAUUUUCCAAUGGAUGCAACAUGUCCUACUAGGCAUGGUCUCAAAAAAGUGGUUAAUGAUAUUUCAGAAGGACUGCAAAAUGUGAAGCAGAUAUCUCAAAGGAUGGUGAAGAGUUUUUGUGAAAUCCUAAGCAUGACAGAAAAAUUAGAUUUUUCAACUUCAUCAGAGUUGAAUAAUACAUAUAGGGUUUCUAUUAGAGAAAAUGAAGAAACUACCCAAUCAAAAGGCUUCAUUGCCACUGCCGCUACAUCCCUAUGGUUUCCUCUUGCAUUCAAAACUGUUUUUAAUUUCCUCAAAGACGACAAGACUAGAUAUCAGUGGGAUGUUUUUGCCAAAGGAAAUAAUGUGACUGAGUUAGCUCGAGUACUAACCGGAACUUUACCCGGAAACAAUAUUACAAUCAUUCAGUCUUAUAUGCUAAAAGAGAACAAGAUGUUACUUCUUGAAGAAUCAAGCAUCGAUGAAAUGGGAGCAUUUUUAAUCUAUGCACCCAUAGAUUUACCAAUAGUCACUUCAAUUGCCAAUGGAGGUGAUGCCACAAAAGUUGACAUUUUUCCCUUAGGUAUCAUCAUAAGUCUCGAUGGUCGCCUUGCCUCGGAAAGGGGCAAUAAUGGAAGUGCAAAAGAUGGUUCUAUCUUGACAGUGGCUUUUCAACAAUUGAUUUGUACCAAUAAUAAUUCAAUCUACCAGGAACAACGUAUGGAGGCAGUGACUUCAGUUCUUAACCUUUUGAGCUCUACAGUUUUACAAAUCAAAGCAGCAUUGGGUUGCCUUGAUUAA